AUGUACCUCUACCUGUCGGGAGUAUUGCCUUUCAACGAGAAAUAUUAUGGUGUUGAUGGCGCCGUGUGAAAGGUCUCCAUCACAUGUUGCCUGCAGGAUACCCGCAACUUCUAUUGUGCUGCACUGACUAAAAUACCACCUAAACCUGGACAGAUUGGGAGAGGUAAACGAGUUGUCAUUGAAGAUGACAGAAUAGAAGAUGAGCUGAAAGACCCAGCAGAAAAAACACCUGCCUGUGUCUAG